CACAUGUAGCAACCGUAUUGCUGGCGCCCAGUUUGAAAGCUUACUGAUGGGCUUAUCGAACUCCUCAUCUGCUAGUGCUUAACCCUUUCUACUGAACCUUUAACCGGCAUUCCAAACUCUCUGCAAACUUACCUUACGGUUGUCGCUGUGAUUCCUAGCGCACAAAUUCGGUGGGCAUUAGCUUUCCUCUUUCCAAGGCAGGAUAGUCUCUUUGCAUACUUCCUACUUUCGCCGUUAUAGAUGUGCAGAGACCACAGCAGUUGAGGGACUCCAUAGAAUGUUAUAGAAUACUUAGCAAGCGGGCCAUGCCCUUCCUUCCUUAAGAGACGAAUGUUGUUCUACGCGAGCCGUAUCCUCCCGCUGAUUUGGGUAUCGCUUGUAUGGGCUUUAUAUUGUUCCGUUUUGGGUGGAGCUCUGGAAGCAGCGAACAGCACAAGUCAGGAGUGUGCUAUUGUCGCCGCACAGCAGCUCCUGGAAAGUUGCGCGUAUAGUGCAGCGGAAGACAGGGAGGAUGCUUUCAGGAAGAUCAUGGCCCGAAGCUACACUUCGUGCGUCGAGAGGAAGGCGCAGAACGAUACAGAAAACAUGCAGGGCGUCCAAAUCAUGGUUCCAGCCACACUCUUCACAGCCUACUACCGGCUAGCGGAAUCUUACGAGGAGCGGUACAAUGUGAAUGUGGACGUUGUCCCCGUAGACGUUGACCAGCUAAUGCAGGAGGCCGUAUUCGAAUUCAGCAACAAACUCAGCAACAUGCAUGACGCCUGGGUCCUUUACCUGGAUUCAUACUACCAACUAGAACGCCUCAGCGCGUUGCUUGACCUCACCAACUUUACCGCCCAGAGCGACGCCCCGGGCUACUCCGGCGUCCCGGCCAACUGGAACGACAUUCCAGCUGCAUUCAAACGCACGUCGUACUCGUACGACAUGGGGUCGUCGUACAUUGCGAACGGCACUGCCGUACCAAAGUUGGUUAGCAUUCCGUUGGACGGUUCCGUACCGCUCAUGUACUACAGGCGGGAUUCCCUCGCCGCUGUGAACGCCAGCGUGCCUCGCACCUGGUCCGAGGUGCUGCAUGUCGCGCAGCUCGUCAACAAAACGGACUUCAACAAUGACGGAGAGGUGGAGUUUGCGCUGUGCUUUAAGCCUGACCCAGACUGCACCUACGCCUCCGCGCUAGGCAUGGUCCUGGCUCCGUACCUGCAGUACAAGGGUACGGCACAGGGCGUGAUGCUCAAACCCGAGGACCUGACCCCCCUGUUCGACACGGAUGGCGCGCGUGCCGCCAUGCGGCUGUUCAGCCAGCUGCUGCAGUACCACAUGCCGCUGGUGGCGCGGGGAGGGGAGUGCACGGAGGGGUACUCGGCGACGGCGUUCCCAGCUGGGGAUUGCUUGCUGGCUUUCGGCUGGGGGGAGAUCUUCAAGGCUGCCGAGCUGGGCACCAGCAGCGGCCCCAGCUACGUGAAGGACCGCUACGGCGUGGCGCCGCUGCCGGGCAGUGAGAGGGUGUACGACAGGGAGAAGCUGGUGAUGGCGGACUGUACGGCAGAGCUGUGCACGAUGGGGCUGAAUGGGCAGCCGGAGGAAAUCAGACUGCAACAGGACAACAGUACGGCAUUCGUCAACCGCGCCACCUACAUGCCGUACUCUGGGCUGGUGGGGCUGGUGGGCGCCCCCGUGAGCGCCGAGCGGCAGCGGGUGGCCUUCGACUUCCUGACCUACCUCUCCAACGCCAACCUGGAGCUCGCGCUGGCGAAUGACAGCUACGUGGUACCGUACCGUACCUCUGCCAUGGAUCCAGCCCGCAUUCCGGAGUUCGUUGCGGCCGGGUACGACGCCAACAACACCCUGUCGUACCUCACAACCGUCAACGCAACCAUCAACCACCCCAACCUGGCGCCCGGACCCAUCAUACCGCGGGUGGAGGCCAUCAGGGCCCUGAUGGCCACCGCCGCGGUGAACCUGUCCCGCGGAAUAGACGCGGCGGACGUACUGGUUAUCAUGCAGCAGCAGGUGGAGGAGCAGGUGAUCAACUACAAGUCCUCCGCCUCCGCCACCUCCUGGCUGGCCGACCUGCGGAGCGCCUAUUGGAGCUUCACGGGAUAUAAGCCGCAGGCGUCGAACGGCACCGGCGAGGGCGGCGGCGGCAGCAGCGGUGUGGACAUGCCCGCCGUGUCGCUGGCGGUGCCGGUGGUGAGUGCGGUGGUGGUGGUGCUGCUCUCCACCGUGUACGAGUUCAAGAAGCACCGGCAGCACCGCAGCCUGUUCGGAAAGGUCCAAGCCCCCGGGCCCUAUGAGGACACGACACUGCUGGUCACUGACAUCCAGGACAGCACCGCGCUGUGGGAGAUGCUGCCCUCGUCCGUCAUGGACCGAGCCAUAAAGGAACACCACAUGUGUUUGCGCAAGCUGCUGCUCAAGCACAGCGGCUACGAGAGCGCCACGGAGGGCGACUCCUUCCUGCUCGCCUUCCACUGCCCCGAGGACGCGCUGCUGUUCUCCAUGGAGGCGCAGGUGGCGCUGCUGGAGUGCGCCUGGCCGCCGGAGCUGCUGGACUGCGAGGUGUGCAGGCCGCACUACGUGGUGCACAACGACACCGACAAGCGCGCCUCGCUGCUGGCUGACGGCGCGGACGCGGCUGGCGGGCUGAUGGCCCUGCCGCGCGCCAACAGCGGCCUCAGCAACAAGUCGACCAGCGAGGACACAAGCAGCCCGCAGGCCUCCAACAUGCUUGGCUCCCCCGGCAGCGAGGUGAACACCUUCAUCACCGCCUGCCAGGCCAGCUGGAAGGAGGCAACCGCCACCACACCCAACAACGUGCUCAUAUUCAGGGGUCUCCGUGUGCGCAUGGGUAUGCACACCGGCAUCUACAACGACGCCGACGUGGCCUCCAACAAGGCGGCCGCGCGCACGCAGUACAGCGGCGAGAUCCUGCAGUACGGCAAGUCGGUCAGCGACGCGGCGGCGGGCGGCAUGAUCCUGCUGAGUGAGGCCACCUACCGGCGGCUGCCCAUGGAGCGGCUGUGGGACAAGGCCAUGGUGAUGCAUGUGGGGGAGUACAAGCUGAAGGACGACCUGCCGGUGCUGCCGCUGUACCAGGUGACUGGCCGGCGGCUGAUGGGGCGGCUGGGCUACCUGAGCGGCAUGCGAUACAAGGAGCAGCUCAGCAGGGGCGUGUUCGCGGCGCCGCUGGGGGCGGUCGCCAUGGCCUACCUGGGUAUCGUGGGAGUGCCCACGCUGCUGGCGUGGGACGAGGGGGUGACGCGGGAGGGGCUGGCGCUGCUGCACGCGUGCGUGGCGGAGGCGGUGCACAAGUGGGGGGGAUACCUGGUGGCAGCGGGGGACGAGCAGAUCCACGUUGUGUUCUCCGCCGCUGCCGACGCGGUGCUGUGGGCGCUGUCCGUGCACCAGUCGCUGAUGGAGCUGGAGUGGCCGGAGGCGCUGCUGGACCACGAGCUGGCGGAGGAGCUGGUGGUGGGGGACGUGGUGGUGUUCAGGGGUCUGCGUGUUAAAUCGGGUGUGGAUGUGGGUCACGCGGUGGGCGAGGUGAACGCGCUGACGGGGCGCAUCUGCUACCGCGGCAAAGUGGUGUCGCGGGCGGCGCGGGUCAUGCAGAGCGCCUCCUCCAACCAGGUGCUGGCCAGCGGCGAGGCCUGGUCCUCCGCCCUGUCCGCCAGCGCCGCCACGCUUCAGCUGCGCGGGGUGGUGGGCGACCGGCUGGGCCCCUUCAAGCUGCGCGGCGUGGCGGACCGGGUAGACAUGGUGCAGAUCCGGCUGCAGCGGCAGGACGUGGCGGGCGCGGAGGGGUGGGCGCAGGACCU